AUGGUCGAGUCGAACAGCGACGAGAUCCUCCGCGACGCCCAGACCGAAGACGUCGCCUUCCUCGUCGUCGGCGACCCCUUUGGCGCGACGACCCACACCGACAUAGUGCUGCGCGCGCGCGAGCUCGAGAUCCCCGUGGCCACGGUGCCCAACGCGUCCAUCAUGUCGGGCAUCGGCGCCGCCGGCCUGCAGCUCUACAACUUUGGCCAGACCGUCUCCAUGGUCUUCUUCACCGACAGCUGGCGGCCCGCGUCCUUUUACGACCGCGUCAAGGAGAACCGCCAGAUCGGCCUGCACACGCUCGUGCUGCUCGACAUCAAGGUCAAGGAGCAGAGCGUCGAGAAUAUGAUCCGCGGCCGCCUCGUUUACGAGCCGCCGCGCUACAUGACCGUCGGGCAGUGCGCGCGCCAGAUGCUCGAGAUUGAGGAGGAGAAGGGUGAGGGCGCCUACGGGCCCGACAGCCUCGCCAUUGGCGCCGCGCGCGUCGGUGGCCGGACGGAGAAAUAUGUGGCCGGCACGCUGAAGGAGCUCUGCGACACGGAUGAGCUGCUAGGCGCGCCGCUGCACAGCAUGGUGUUGCUGGGCAGGAGGACGCACGAGCUCGAGCACGACUACGUCAAGGCGUUCGCAGUGGACAAGGAGGCGUGGAGCAGGAUAUGGAACGAGGAGUACGGGAAGCAGCUGUAG